UUGCAAAUUAUCGUGGUGGUGUGGCAUACGAAUUUGCGCCGCUCAUACAAUCUGCAACUUCUUCGUCGGGUUUAGUUACCUGCAAAUAUGAAGAUCGCUUGCAUCGGAGCUGGCUAUGUGGGCGGCCCCACCAUGGCUAUGGUCGCGCUGAAGUGCCCUGAAAUUGAGGUUGUUGUCGUUGACAUCAACGAGGAGCGUAUCAAGGCGUGGAACAGCGAUAAGCUUCCAAUUUACGAGCCUGGGCUUUUCGAGGUUGUCAAGGAGUGCCGCGGUCGCAACCUCUUCUUCUCUACCGACACGAAGAAGCAUGUCGGCGAGGCUGACAUCGUUUUCGUCAGUGUCAACACGCCUACCAAGACACAUGGUAUUGGCGCGGGCAAGGCGGCGGACCUAACGUAUUGGGAGGGUGCUGCCCGUCUCAUUGCUUCAGUGUCCACCAGCAGCAAGAUCGUUGUGGAGAAGUCAACCGUUCCAGUCAAGACUGCCGAGGCUAUUGGCAAGGUGCUCAAGCGGAACUGCCAGGACCCCAACGUGCAGUUCGAGAUUCUGUCAAACCCGGAGUUCCUGGCGGAAGGAACAGCCAUGGAGGAUCUGCGCCAUCCGGACCGCGUUCUCGUCGGCGGCGCAGAUACCGAGAGCGGCAGGAAGGCGAUUGAGACUUUGGUGUCGGUGUAUGCGCACUGGAUCCCCCGCGAGCGUAUCUUGACCGCAAACCUGUGGUCGGCUGAGCUGGCGAAGUUGACGGCCAACGCCUUCCUGGCACAACGCAUCUCGUCCAUUAAUGCUAUUUCGGCGCUUUGCGAGGCCACAGGUGCCGAUGUUCAGCAGGUGGCGCACGCCAUUGGCACAGACAGCCGCAUUGGCUCCAAGUUCCUGAACGCGUCCGUGGGCUUCGGCGGCUCAUGCUUCCAGAAGGAUAUCCUGAACCUUUGCUACGUUUGCGAGUCGGUUGGGCUGAAAGAGGUGGCCGAGUACUGGUACCAAGUGGUGUCGAUGAACGAUUUCCAAAAGCAGCGCUUUGUGGAGCGCGUGAUCAGCGCUAUGUUCAACACGGUUUCUCAAAAGAAGAUUGCUAUCUACGGCUUCGCUUUCAAGAAGGACACCGGUGACACCCGUGAGACACCAGCUAUUGACGUAUGCAAGGGCCUCAUUCGCGAUGGCGCCAAGGUCUGUGUUUAUGACCCCGAGGUGACGCCAGAGCAGAUCUUCCGCGACCUGUCAGCUCCCAAGUUCGAGUGGGAUCGUCCCAACUACAGCCGUUCGCACAGCCACAUGCUCGAGAAUGUGCAGGUGGUGUCGGAUUCAGCUGCCGCCGCUGAGGGUGCACACGCCAUUUGCAUCCUGACUGAGUGGGACGAGUUCAAGUCCUACAACUACCAGGCGUUGUAUGACAAGAUGACGAAGCCGGCGUUCAUCUUUGACGGCCGCAACAUCCUUGACCACGCCAAGCUGCGCGAGAUCGGCUUCAUUGUGUACGCGCUGGGCAAGCCGCUGGAUCCCUUCCUGGUUAAGGGUUACUAAGCAUCACGUCUGCAUACUAAGCACCAAAUCGUUACUGCAGAGUGUAAUGUAUAUUAUUUAUGAUGAUUAGCAGCAGGUGAUGCCGUAUUGGCUACAACAGGAACUAGUUAUUACUGCUUUAUAGAGGGCAGGUGUCGUGACCAUAUGCAGUGUUGGCUUGUUUACCUGACCAGUGUAGUGAGAGUCCUGACUGCUCGAACGGUUUUUUUUAUUAAGCAAAGUACCUUUCCGCGUGGAAUCGUGUGCAGACUGAGCUUUGCCGGACUUUGUUUAUUCGUCUUAUGCGACUUUGUUUAUUUGCGUGAGAUGCGGGAGAGUGUUAAGCUGGCUGCUGGCUUGUCAAUAACUGCUAUGCCAAGUGAGUCUUUCAAUGUAAGAAUUUAAAUCCGUCAG